UUUGAAAGUGUCAAAAUCUUCUGAAACUUGUCUUGUUUCUUUCUUCUAUGUCCUUUUCCACUAUAAUCUAAAGAAGCCGUUAAGUACAAGACCAUCUCCAUUUGACCCGUCUAUCAUUAUUAAAUUAUCGCCCAUUCUUGUUUCCCCUUUAUAUCCCUUUCCCAUCUUUCAAGCUCUUUCUUCUUGCACCAAUUCUUACAAAUUUCAUUUUCUUAAUUUCAUGCAGUUUUGACAGAAAAAAAAAUACUGCGCCUACAAAGUUUUCGUCAAAGAAGAAUGAUUCACUUGGAAGAUUUCUUAUGGGGUUUUUCUAUUGUUUCUCUUUUCUUAUACUUUCUUCAAAGCCUUAGAAGGGCCAUUUCCAUGGCUUCUCUGUGUCUUAGUUCUCCUUCUUCUUCUUCUUCUUUGGCUUCUACUUCUCCUUCAUGGGUUACCCAGUUUGUUCUUGGUCGAAGAGAAGAAGACGGUACUGUUUCAGGAGAUGUGAAUUUAUUACGUGAUCAUGAAACCCAGAUUGAAGAGAAAUCCAUGCAAGAAAACCUGGGUUUGGAUGAUAAGUUCUUGCAAGAGAUCAAUCCUGCAGGUUUCUUGCUUGUUAAAGAAUCGGAUUCUUUGGUAAUGGAGAAGGCUGCAGCAGAGAAUAAUAAUAAAAAUAAGAGUUCUACCAAGUUGAAGAAGAGACCUGCAAGGUUGGUUUUGCCAGAAUAUUAUCCAAAAUUAGAAUUUGGUGAGAAAGAUAGGAAAUUAGAGAAUAUGGAAUUUGAAGUUAAAGGUAGAGAUUUCUGUUUGGCUAGCAAGAAAGGUAGAAGACAGUGCAUGGAAGAUGGGUAUGGUGUCAUGACUGAUAUUCUAGGAGAUACAAAGCAGGCAUUUUUUGCUGUGAUUGAUGGGCAUGGAGGCCGUGCAGCAGCUGAUUAUGUAGCAGAAAAUUUAGGAAAGAACAUUUUAAGAUUCCUGGAAAAUGCAGGAAAGGGAGAAGAUGAUCAUCAACUAGAAGAAGCCAUUCGUGGAGGUUACCUGAUUACAGAUAGGGAGUUUCUUAGCCAGCAGGGUGUAUGCAGUGGAGCUUGUGUAGCUAGUGUGCUGUUGAAAGAUGGAGAAUUACAUGUUGCAAAUGUAGGAGAUUGUAAAGUAGUUCUGAGUAGAAAAGGAGUAGCUGAUACAUUAACAGUUGAUCACAGACUCAGCAGAGAAGAUGAGAGGCUUCGCAUUGAGAAUUCUGGAGGAUAUGUGAAUUGCAGAAGUGGAAUUUGGAGAGUUCAAGGAUCACUUGCAAUCUCUAGAGCAAUUGGAGACAUGCAUUUGAAAGAUUGGGUUAUUUCUGAUCCAGAAAUUAAAAGGGUUCCAUUAACUUCUGAUUGCGAGUUCUUGAUUAUGGCCUCUGAUGGAUUGUGGGAUAAGGUAAAUGAGCAAGAAGCAGUUGAUGUAGUAUUAAGAGACAGGAAUUCAGUGGAAAGUUGCAAAAAGCUUGUAGAUAUGUCAUUUAGCAGAGGCAAUAUGGAUGAUAUAACUGUGAUGGUCAUAAACCUCCACAAUUUCAUGCCUAAGUAAUGGCUAGCUACCUCUUAAUUAUCUCUGGUACAUAUUUAUGAAA